UUGACGUUUUGGUUGCUGAAAAAAAAACUUUGCUUAAACAUUAACAUCUCAAGACGGACUAGGUUUGAUUGAUUUGAUUUACUUUUGGGUAUAUUUCGGAAUCAAACGUCGCACGGACGCUCCCCUACAAACAGCGGGGUGGGCUUCAGUGACGCGCGUCUGAGGUUCAUGUUUAUGUCUGUCAGGUUUGUGAUUGGGCGACGCGUAGAUGUGUGCUGGGCAUCCGCGCGCCGUGGGCGGGAACAGGAAUGUUUAUAAACCCCGGUGCGCGCGCCGUGGGCGGGAAGACUGGAUUGAGAAAGUAGUGAUCCGAGAGGGAGAAAGGAGAAAGCGCGAGGACGCGCGGCUGCAACGGGCGGCUGUGGCUGACUGGAGCUCGUGGUGGAGGCGCGGCUUCCACUGCCCCUCCACCUAAGCAGCUGUAUGGACGACCACCUUAGCCUCCUCCACUCGCCUCCACCUUCCUCAACCAAGCACAGGGGCAACCUCGUAAACCACGGCUACGCCGAAAACGACCAGUACAUCAUGACAAUUGUUGCUUGUGACAACAUGCUGGAGGAGUCGGCGGCGCUGCCCGGGCACCACUCGCUGGAGCGCUACGAGCCAGACCACGAAUGUUGCGAAAGAGUUGUCAUCAAUAUAUCAGGCUUGCGAUUCGAGACACAGCUCAAAACCCUUUCUCAAUUCCCCGAGACUUUACUCGGAGACCCCAAGAAGAGAAUGCGCUACUUUGAUCCAUUGAGAAACGAGUAUUUCUUUGACAGAAAUCGCCCAAGCUUCGAUGCCAUUUUAUAUUACUACCAGUCAGGGGGGCGUAUACGGAGACCUGUCAACGUUCCUAUUGACAUUUUCUCAGAGGAGAUACGCUUCUAUGAACUUGGGGAGGAAGCCAUGGAGAAAUUUAGAGAAGAUGAGGGCUUUAUAAAAGAGGAAGAGCGCCCUUUGCCCACUAAUGAAUUUCAGCGACAGGUGUGGUUGCUGUUCGAGUAUCCAGAGAGCUCAGGUCCAGCCAGGGGUAUUGCUAUCGUCUCGGUUUUGGUGAUUUUAAUAUCUAUCGUUAUUUUUUGUCUGGAAACGUUACCCGAGUUUCGAGAUGACAAAGACCGCACCACGGCCGCUCCCCUAAUAAACGGAACUCUCCCUUACUUCACGAGUCCCUUUUCCGACCCUUUCUUUGUCGUUGAGACCCUUUGUAUCAUUUGGUUUUCUUUUGAACUGCUUGUCAGAUUUUUUGCGUGCCCGAGCAAAGCUACGUUCUCCAAAAACAUCAUGAACAUCAUUGACAUUGUGGCAAUCAUACCCUAUUUCAUCACCCUAGGGACUGAACUCGCCGAAAGGCAAGGAAACGGCCAGCAGGCGAUGUCCUUGGCCAUUCUCCGGGUCAUCCGACUAGUCCGGGUGUUUAGGAUUUUUAAGCUAUCGCGGCACUCUAAAGGUCUCCAGAUUUUAGGGCAAACCCUAAAAGCCAGCAUGAGAGAGCUGGGCUUGUUGAUAUUUUUUCUCUUCAUUGGGGUUAUACUGUUCUCUAGCGCCGUCUACUUCGCAGAGGCAGAUGAUCCCGACUCGGGCUUCAACAGCAUCCCAGAUGCGUUCUGGUGGGCGGUGGUAACCAUGACGACUGUGGGAUACGGAGAUAUGCACCCAGUCACCAUAGGGGGCAAAAUCGUUGGCUCUCUGUGUGCGAUUGCGGGCGUGUUAACCAUCGCUUUGCCAGUCCCUGUUAUAGUGUCCAAUUUUAACUAUUUCUACCACAGAGAGACCGAGGGAGAGGAGCAGGCUCAGUACCUCCACAUUGGCAGCUGUCAGCCUUUGUCCUCCUCCGAAGAGUUAAAGAAGACGCGAAGCACGUCGUCCCUCAGCAAAUCGGAAUAUAUGGUCAUUGAAGAGGGCAUCAACAGCGGGUUUAAGCAGCCCAACUUCCCCGCUCACAACAACCAAAACUGCGUAAACAUUAAAAAGAUGUUCACAGACGUCUAGACUGAUAGAAAGAGAACCAAGGCAGCUUUCCAACCGUACCAAUAAUACUUCUGACGUAUCAGUGCGCAAAGGCAAUGCUGUAGGUUAAUGUCAUGGCUCAUGGCAGUGGAGUGCUCCAUUUCCAAGACCGAGAGUAAAUUAUUACGCGUUUUUACGCGCCGGUCCCAUGCAGUGUUUGUCACCUAUUCGAUUUAACCAUAUUACUGUGAGAACAAAGCCACUUUAGGGUACUUUCACUCAUGUAGGCAGUAUGUGAAAUAAGUAUAUCGACCUAAAUAAUUUGCUCAUUGCCUAUUAUUUUCUUCAGUUUAUUCGCGAAAAAAAUAGGGAGGGCAGAAACGGAGAGGUAGCCUAUAUUGUGUAUUUUUACACAUAUGGACAAACGGAUAACAUAUCACUUGUUGAAAUAAGUGUCUUACAAUGACUGUUAUUGUGCUUAUUUUCUGUGUUUGUGUCUCGUCAACAAAGAUGCAUAAGAUGCUGUACGCGCACUUUUGUUCUGCUAUUUGCGCAAAGUUAGAAAUUCUGAGAAUUCCGACUUGAAAUACGUUUCAAGCACAAAUCUCAGACACUUUUUAAUGUGCAACUAUGAGACAAGCAGGGUGGGGAGAUCGCUUUCGACUGGAUACUUUUAAUCACGUUGGAGUGAUGCAGUCUCCAUAGCGACCAUAGGCUCCGCACUAACCCGCUACUGUUGCCAUGGCGUUCAGCAAUCCUUCAGACUGUUUUUUAGUCUGAAAGAAGAUUCAACCAAGAAUGAGCUAAUAUGAACUCAUAUGGAUGCUACAGAUCAAGGUGGAACCACAACAACACGGUCCAUAUAAAAAAAAUGUACAGGAUUAUAUUCUAAAUUUCCACCCAUUAAGACACUGUCUGGGAUAAAGUGCAAUACGUUCGAGUUGUUAUACACCAAAACACUGCCCAAUACACUGAUCAUCACAAGAGGCUGCUCUACCUACGCCAAAUGUUUUGAGCCAAUCUCUAUUCCCAAACAGGAUGGACAUCUCGCCAUGUCUUAAUAAACAGCAGUGAGGAAAGAGAGAAAAGCCACGAUGCUUGAAAUGAGGCCGGAUUGCCUGUGUGGACACCAGCUUGCCAAACAUAGGGGCUCGUGAACUGUUCCCUUCUCCUCCAUUCUUAGGAGGAGGUGCCUUUAAAAACCUUACCCCCUACAGCCUUCGGGCCCUGAUUUCCCCCUGGCUAGACAGCCCAGCACACCACUUGCCUUUGUUGUCUUUAGUAUUCUAUUGCUUUACCAAAAGAAGAUGGACUCCUAUGUUCAUGUGCUUUUUUUGCUGCUACACGUAAGACUUUUAAGACCUUCUGCAUAAGUGCUUCUACACGCCCCUCCUGGCCUCCGCCAUAGCCGGGCGUUAUAGGGGUGUGCUAAUUAUGCUACAUUCAUCAGUUGUCAUUUGUCGUCAGGUUGUGAUGUCGUCUUUAACCUUGCUGUAUAAACUGAUAGUCAUGAA